ACGCUUUCUUCCAACUCUCGCGAGAGCAGCUCACUGGAGCAGCCGCCAUAUUGUGAGCCAGUAUUUUGAUUCGUAUCUGCUGGAAGAGAGAAAAAGAGAAAAGAGAAGGCUGUCGAGGGGAGGGGGGGCUGAAGAAGAGGAGCUGUCAGAAAGGUAUUAGUCUCUGUCACACGGCGCAGGGCCUGGUACACCUCCCCAAACGCGGGUCCGAGGACACACAAGGCCCAGGGCCUCGGUUCAGCUGGCUCUCCGUGUCCCUGGUCCUGGCUGGACCCCUCUCCGAGCUCCGCGGCCCUCCGGAGCUCCGGCGGCGGGCUCGGGUGUUGUAGGCAGCCCGGGGAGCGCAGACUGAGCGAAUGUGUUCACGAUGAAGGUUGCGUGCUGCCUCCACUGACGCCCAGCGAAUCGAAGAAGGAAGCUGUCCUGACCUGGCGACACACGAAUGGCCCAGGGAAGCCAGCAGAUUGACAUUCAGGUUUUGCAUGACCUGCGCCAGAAGUUCCCUGAAGUCCCUGAGGUUGUUGUCUCCCAGUGUGUUUUACAGAACAACAACAAUCUAGACGCCUGCUGUGAGUACCUGUCCAAGGUCAGUCCAGGCUACCUCUACAGCGAAGAAGGAAACCUCAGCUUUUCUGACGACCCCAGCUACACCCGGCUCCGUAAUCACAUGACCCAGCUGAACCUGGGCCUGCAGUCUCAGAAUGUGCACGCGGCCCCGCUCCGGGACGGCCUGAGAAUGAACGGCAGUCGGACUCUCGCCCACAGCCUGAGUGACGGGCCCCUCCAGACGAGCCAGGCCCCUAACAGUGACUUCUUUCAGCAGGAGCCCCAGUCAGCUCCUGUGCAGGUGCCGACCAGCCUCAAUGUUUUCGGUGUGAUGGAGCCCACACGCAAACCGCAGCCUCCGCAGCACCUGGGACUCUACCCUCUGGGGGUCAAAGGGCCGACGAUGGGCGUCCAGCAGACGCCGCGCUUCAACCCGAUAACCGUCACGCUGGCCCCAAAUAUCAACACAGGACGCAACACGCCCACGUCUUUGCACAUACACGGUGGGCCGCAGUCGGGCCUUAGCAGUCCACAGGGUAACUCCAUCUACAUCAGGCCCUACGUCAGCCAGUCCGGUACGACCCGGCAGAACCAGCAGCAGGGAGGCAGGGCCCAGUACAGCCCCACCUCCCAGCCCCAGCAGCAGAUCUACCAGAUCUCACACCCAACGUGCCUUUCCAGCUCCUGGUCCGGUCCUCAACACGCCUCCUCUUCACAUACCUCACAGACCCAGGGCCACCAGACCUCUCAUGUCUACAUGCCAAUCAGCUCCCCAACAAACCCGCAGGCGCCCUCCAUUCUUCCAACUGGAAGCCAGGCCUCUUCCUCUGGUGUCUCCUCCUGCUCCUCCUCGUCCUCCGCCUCCUCCAUCAUGCCCUCCCCUCUGUCCAGCAUAAGUCAGUACAACAUCCAGAACAUCUCCACAGGCCAGCGGAAGAACCAGAUAGAGAUCAAACUUGAAUCUCCUCAGAGGAACAACUCAACGACCACGACGGCCGUGCUGCGGACCGGCAGCGGCCCGCGGUCCUCCUCCACCUCCUCCUCCUGCCCGUCCUCUUCCUCAACUUCCACCGGGGUGGCGACCGUCCCCACCGCCCCUCUUUCCAUCGGAUGCCCGGGCCUGAGCCGCAGCCAGCCCACUGUUUACAUCUCUGCCAGCCCGCCUACUGCUGCUACCACCCCCUCCGAAGAGGCCGCCAUGGCUCCGGCCGGCUCCCGCUCCCAGCCAAAGUUUUACAUUUCUGCCAACGCCUCGGGUGACGACAGCGGAGGCAGAAACCCUCCCACAGUCUACAUCUCAGCCAACCCUCCCCUGCAGGGGCCUUCAGGGGCCAGGAACAUGGGGGGCCAAGUCAGCAUGGGCCCCGCCUACAUCCACCACCACCCUCCCAAGUCUCGCACAUCUGUAGGAGGGGGAGGCACGGCGUCGUCCCCACGUGUGGUGGUGACUCAGCCCAACACCAAAUACACUUUUAAAAUUACAGUGUCCCCCAAUAAGCCCCCCGCUGUGUCCCCUGGAGUGGUUUCGCCUACGUUUGAGCCCAACAACCUCCUCAGCCUCCCCUCAGACCACCACUUUGUGGAGCCAGACCCCCUCCAUCUCUCAGACCCGCUGUCCCCACACAGGGAGAGGCCGAGUGAGCCCCGCAGACUCAGCAUGGGCUCUGAUGAUGCAGCAUACACACAAGCUUUGUUGGUCCAUCAGAAAGCCCGCAUGGACCGGCUGUGGCGCGAGCUAGAGCUGAAGAAGAAGAAGCUGGAGAAGCUAAAAGAGGAGGUGAACGAGAUGGAGAACGACCUGACGAGGAGACGACUGGAGAGAUCCAACUCAGCCUCCCAGAUCCCCUCAAUCGAGGAAAUGAAGCAGUUACGAUGCAAAAACCGGUUACUGCAGAUCGACAUCGACUGCCUCACCAAAGAAAUUGAUCUCAUUCAGACUCGAG